GGGCGGGGCGGAGCUUCCGGAACGAGUGGCACCGCGAAUGGCCGCGCAUGGGGCUCCGCUCCGGGCUUCGCUCGCCGCCGCUCGCGCCUCGUCGCUGCCUCUAGGCCUCCGCCGUCCGUCGUGCGCGCCCUGCUCGACCUCGGCCGCGGCCCGCGGUGACGCCAUGGAGGCCGCUCCGCGCUGGCUGGCGGGUCUGCGCUUCGACAACCGCGCCCUGCGCGCGCUGCCGGUAGAGGCGCCGCCGCCGGGCCCUGAGGACGCCGCGUCCGCCCCGCGGCCCGUGCCGGGGGCCUGCUUCAGCCGCGUGCGGCCCGCCCCGCUGCGGGAGCCGCGCCUCGUGGCGCUGUCGGAGCCAGCGCUGGCGCUGCUGGGCCUGGGUGCACCGCCGGCCGUCGCCGCCCGCGAGGCGGAGGCCGAGGCCGCGCUCUUUUUCAGCGGCAACGCGCUGCUGCCGGGCGCCGAGCCGGCCGCACACUGCUACUGCGGACACCAGUUCGGCCAGUUCGCCGGGCAGCUGGGCGACGGCGCUGCCAUGUACCUGGGCGAGGUGUGCACGGCUGCCGGCGAGCGCUGGGAGCUGCAGCUCAAGGGCGCGGGCCCCACGCCCUUCUCCAGGCAGGCGGACGGCCGCAAGGUCCUGCGGUCCAGCAUCCGAGAGUUCCUAUGCAGCGAGGCCAUGUUCCACCUGGGCAUCCCCACCACGCGGGCGGGGGCCUGCGUCACAUCUGAGUCCACAGUGGUGCGCGAUGUGUUCUAUGAUGGUAAUCCCAAAUAUGAAAAAUGCACAGUUGUGUUGCGUAUAGCUUCUACUUUCUUAAGGUUUGGGUCCUUUGAGAUUUUUAAGCCCACAGACGAGCACACAGGGCGCACCGGCCCCAGCGUGGGGAGGAAUGACAUCCGGGUGCAGAUGCUGGACUAUGCAGUCAGCUCUUUCUACCCUGACAUCCAAGCUGCCCACGCCAGUGACAGUGUGCAAAGGAACGCAGCCUUCUUCCGGGAGGUGACACGGCGCACGGCUCGCAUGGUGGCCGAGUGGCAGUGUGUCGGCUUCUGCCAUGGCGUGCUCAACACUGACAACAUGAGCAUCGUGGGGCUCACUCUCGACUAUGGGCCCUUCGGCUUCCUGGACAGGUAUGACCCCGACCACGUGUGCAAUGCCUCCGACACUGCUGGGCGCUACGCAUACAGCAAGCAGCCUGCAGUAUGCAAGUGGAACUUGCAGAAGCUGGCCGAGGCCCUGGAGCCUGAGCUGCCCCUGGAGCUGGGCGAGGCCAUUGUGGCUGAGGAGUACGACGCUGAGUUCCAGAGGCACUACCUGCAAAAGAUGCGCCGGAAGCUGGGCCUCGUGGGGGUGGAGCAGGAGGAAGAUGUGGUGCUGGUGGCCCAGCUCCUGGAGACGAUGCACCUGACUGGUGCUGACUUCACCAAUACCUUCUACUCACUGAGCUCCUUCCCGGCUGAGCGGGAGUCACCAGGCCUGGAGGAGUUCCUGGCUGUGCUCACCGCACAAUGUGCCUCCCUGGAGGAGCUGAGACUUACCUUCCGACCCCAGAUGGAUCCCCGGCAGGUCUCCAUGAUGCUUAUGCUGGCGCAGUCAAACCCACAGCUGUUUGCACUCAUGGGCACACGGGCAAACAUCACGAGAGAGCUUGAGCGUGUGGAGCAGCAGGCUCGGCUGGAGCAGCUAAGCCCAGACGAGCUGCAGAGCCGCAACAGGGAACACUGGUCUGGCUGGCUUCAGCAGUACAGAGCUCGGCUGGACAAGGACAUGGAGUGUAUUGGGGACAUGGCCACCUGGCAGGCUGAGCACAAGCGUGUGAUGCGUGCCAACAACCCCAAGUACGUGCUGAGAAACUACAUUGCACAGACCGCCAUCGAGGCUGCCGAGGGUGGAGACUUCUCAGAGGUACAGCGUGUGCUGAAGCUGCUGGAGACCCCUUAUGACAACGAGGGGCAGGCAGCUGCAGAGCCCAAAGAUGGCAACAGGGCAGCCAGCAGGAGACUCUCCUACAGCAGCAAGCCCCCACUCUGGGCGGCAGAACUGUGUGUGACAUGAUCUUCAUAACUGCCUCGGGGGCUCCAGGCUCCUGGAGCCUCCGAGGCCCUCAAAUGCUGCGGAGUCACGAGAUGGCACCAGGCUACCCACCUUGCCCAUCUCUCUGUGACGGCAGAGUCGCCCAGUCAGGACCUGACCCGUCUCUGUCUGACAUCAGCUCAACAGCAUGGCCCAGUGAGCUCCCUGUGAGGAGAGCUCAGCCUUGUGUGGGGAAAGGCAGGGCCGGUCUCACCAACCAAAUGGCUCCUCCAGCCCCACCAUGUGUAUCUCCCAGGUCCCUAAAUAAACCACCAGCUUC